AUGUCUCUUUCUCAAUUUGUGCUCUGUUAUGAAAAAGUUUUGGAGCGUCGACGUUGGUCAGAGUUGCAAAAGGACUUUGAAUGCAAUCAAUCUACACCUCCUCAAGUAAAAAAACUUGCAGGUAUGGCCGAACAAGCUGCACAAGUCUAUACUCAUGUUAUUUUUGAAGAAUUCUUUGAAGAACUAUGUGAAUCUUUAUCUGUGGCCAUUGAAAAAACCAACAAAAAUUGUACUUGCUUUGGUUACAAGUUGGUUAAAUCUGGAGAUGAAAAACAAUAUUUUGUGACAUUUGAAUCUGCAAAUUGCUUGGUUGAAUGUAGUUGUAAGAAGUUUCAAUCGGUUGGUCUCUUAUGUCUUCAUGCAUUGAAGGUACUUAACUUUCACAAUAUUUUUCAUAUACCUUCUCAAUAUAUCUUGAAGAGGUGGACAAAAGAUGCGAAAGAUGGUUUUAAUGUGAGUGAUAGCAUUCCACCCCAAGCUUGUGAGGUUUCAGCACAAAGAAUUAAUCUACGCAUGAGCCAAAUAAUGAGGAAAGCCAUUUAUUUUGCAACCAAGGGUGCAUUGACAAAUGAAUCAACCAAAAUGGCUGAAGAUCACCUAGAGCAAGGGAAAAAAUGUUGGAGAGGAUGUUAA